CGGCAAUCUUCCGCAUAAUAUCCGGAUACGCUCGUCUGUCUUGUCCAAUCGCCACCUUGAGUGCGCAAUUACCGCAUUGCCACGAUGGACAAGUCAUGGAAGCACUUCAGCACGGGCGCAGUGUCUGGCGGACUCUCGGCGAUUGCAUUCCAACCUCUGGACGUCAUUCGAACACACCAGCAAGGCAAGUUCGGCUCAGAGGUGCACAACGUCCGACAGAGCGUCCGCUUUCUGCUUGGAGAAAGUGGAGUGUCGGGGCUGUGGCGGGGCACGACGCCGACAUUGCUGCGAGUGUGUGGCGGCGCCGGGCUGUAUUUUGUCGCGCUGGAGCAACUGCAGGUUCAGAAACGAGAUGCCGUAUCUGCGUUCUUUGGUGGUGCUCUGGCGCGGUCGUUUUCUGGAAUCGUAAUGUCCCCACUGACGAUCGUGAAGGCACGAAUGGAAUGGGAUGCAACCAACCAAAGCCUCUUGUCGCAGCUCCGAUCUCUCGUGACCUCGUAUGGGUGGCGAGGGUUGUAUCGAGGGGUCUUGCCGACGUUGCUUCGCGACGUGCCGUUCUCUGGGUUGUACGUGACUUUGUACACACGACUGAAAAACGUCAUUGGAUCCGACAACUGCGUCCACCAUCCCGUGGCCGUGAAUUUUGGCUGCGGAGUCACAGCUGGCGUUACGGCGACCGUUCUCGUGCAUCCAUUUGACGUUGUCAAGACGCGAAUGCAGUUGGAAAUGAACGGAAUGACAGUGCGUGCGACGAUGGCCAAGAUGUAUGCAGAUGAAGGGUUGCGAGGGUUCCUGCGUGGCGUGUUGCCGCGAGUUUUCAAACGGACACUUGGCACUGCCAUUACAUGGACCAUGUACGAGUACCUCAGCAGCAGCGCCACACACACCACCGUGACGGCGUCGUAGGGAGAUAGAGGUAGUUAGAAAUGUAAUUGCAAGAGGACAGGUCGGCCAAGUCGUUGCGUGCCUUGAACGAUGCAGAGCUACAUCACCCCUUGCAAAAAUGAGGGCGACGAGUUGGAAAAGAUGAGGUCCGGUGGACCAAAGUGGCUGAAUAUUGCAUUGGCGUCAACGCCAGAAGAUCUGCAUGUGGACUCAAGUUCGUGAACGAUUCGGCACCUUGUCGUCCGAUCGUGUACGGCC